CAUUGCAGAUCUAACUUAAUGAGAGCUGAACUUAAACAUUUAAAUAAUUUUUUUCCAAAGUUUGAUAUGAGCUGAAAUUAAUAUUAAUUUAUAAUUGAUGAUAAGCAAAUAAAAAAUUGCAUUAAUUUGUUACAAUUUCUUUCUUGCAGGUAUGUUUGACAGCAUCCCAGGAUACGAGGGAACUGUGGCCGGCGGAGGGGGUGCGUAUCUUCCUCCUCCAAUGCCUUCUGUGCCGAUGCCUGUGCCUGAACAUGCUGCCAGCCAUCCAGAGUGGAAUGACAACAUUCCUUCCAUCUCAGAAGGAAGAGCACGUCAAGCUUUUGAAGAGUACGUCUCCAGCAAGUGCUGCUAUAGUUCUGCCCCCGUCAGAGAUGGAAUCAUAACCAAAAUGGAGUCCUUUAAUACCUACAGGUAUCGUUUGGAAACGUUCACAGAGUCCAGAACGACUAAAUGGAGUCAGGAGCCUUACACGGGACAGCGCAUUGAUGCUGGUAUUCAGCGUCCUCCAGGACCGUGGGAGAUCGCAGCUCAACCCCCGUCCUACUUUACUGAUCACAAGGAGACCAUUAGAGUGCCUUACACUUCCUCAAUCAAGAAAUGUAAUCCAUGCAGUGGAAUGGGAAAAAGCUCUUGUUCUUCCUGCACUGGAACCGGAAGUAAAGUGUGCUCUGGAUGUAAUGGUUCCCGUCAACGUCCUGAUAACCAGUCCUGCAAUAAAUGUGACUAUAGCGGCCGUGAAAAAUGUAGUUCAUGUAGCGGCAGUGGCUUUCACAAGUGUGACACCUGUGAUGGAAAGGGACAGCUGCUCGUCUUCAUCAAUCUCAAAGUGAAAUGGAGCACUGAGAAGGACGAUUACGUAGCGCAAGAUUCGAGUGGACUGAGACUUGAAAAACUGGGGAAGGUUUCAGGAAAAGAGCUCUUCAGAGACGCCCAGAUUAUGGUUUAUCCAGUGAUGGGUUUCCCAGAUGUUUCUGUUGCACAAGCGUCUGAGCGUUUAAUAAGAGACCAUCAGGUGAAAUAUACCAAGAACUCCCGCAUAAUACAACAGAGGCAGAUGAUCGAGCUCAUUACCAUAACGAGAGUGAACUACACGUGGAAAGAGAAGCCUUAUGUUUAUUAUGUGUAUGGAAAUGAGUUGAAAGUGAACGCUGAUGACUAUCCUGACACCUGCUGCUGUUCUGUCAUGUGAUUCUGCAUGUUCAUUUAGGACUGUGCAUGCAAACAUCCAAACUGUACAUCCCACAUUUCUAACCUGACACGCCUAACAAAACCUGUGAGCGACGACUAUUAUUUAGUAUUUAAAAAUUGUUCUAGGCAAACCUACAUUACGACCAUGUAAACAUUUGUAACAUUUUAAAACAUCUCACGAAUAAAACUUAUUUUAAUGAUAGUUUACUGUAAUAUUCUGAUGGAAAGGUCUGUAAUGUAGCCUGCAGUAAGUUUAAAUAAAGUGAG